CUCCAGCUCACCCGACUUGGCUUGCAUAUAUCUUUGCUUUGGUUGAUGUGAUGGAUUCCAGGUCAUAUCUAUAAGCUUACCUGCAGCAGCAGCUUCCUAGCCGUUUUGGAUAAUGGAGAACUCCAAUGAAUCGCGUCCCCAAGAGGCGGCGGAAGAAAGAGGCUCUGCAUAUGGAGACGACAGCUCCUCGCGAGAUCCCUCUUUAACCGAUGUCAUUCCGGCGGAAUCACUACCAGACCGCCAUGCGUUGGUUACAAACACCCCGUUGACGUCCGGCCAGAAAUUACCGGAAGAACCCGCACAUGCGUUGGCCCGGAAGCCAUCUGACCAAGAAGACUACUCCCGGCUUGCUGCAGCUGUUCCGUUCGGUCCGCUACCAUACAAACCAGCCCCCGUGGCACCAAUCAGUGAUACUGGUGGCGAUGAGGAAGACGAGGAGCCUCAGGUGGCAACGUCGUUCGAGCGCGAUUCGACCCCGACUUCGGCCCAGAAGCAUCGCUCGGUCUUCUUUGACACGGGCGACGAAGGGAUCCAGAGGAUGCAUAGAUUCUCGCUGCACGAGACGGCGACACGGUUCUACGUGGUCGGGAUGGACCUGUCGGAUACACGGUUUAGGAUUCUGAAGAUCGAUCGGACCUCGGAUGGCGGAGAUCUGAGCGUCUCGGAUGAUGAUAUCGUAUAUACGAAGAGGGAAAUGAGCCAGCUGUUGGAUGCUAUCGAUGAUGGGAACAAAAGUACUGGCGGUUUGAAGCUCAAGUGCAGCGCUUGGGCCCUUCUGGGGUUUAUCCGCUUGACAGGGGCAUAUUACAUGCUUCUGGCCACAAAAAGAAGCCAGGUGGCCAUGCUAGGCGGCCACUAUGUCUACCAGAUCGACGGGACUGAAUUGAUCUCCCUGACAACGUCGAACUCAGCCCGUGCCAAGCCGGAGAAGAACCCAGACGAGGCAAGGUAUAUCGCGAUAUUGAACAACCUCGACUUGACGCGCUCCUUCUAUUUCAGUUACUCUUAUGACAUCACCCACACACUGCAGCACAACAUCUGUCGAGACCGCAAACUCCACCGGGAUGGACACCCGAAGCAAUUCGAGCAGGACUACAACACGAUGUUUAUCUGGAAUCAUCAUCUACUUGGUCCGGCAAUGGAGUCUCUCAAGAAACCAUAUGACUGGUGUUUGCCAAUCAUCCAUGGAUACGUUGACCAAUCGAAGAUGUCGGUAUAUGGGCGACUGGUAUACAUCACCAUUAUUGCCCGCCGGUCCCGUUUUUUCGCUGGAGCUCGCUUUCUGAAAAGAGGUGCCAACGACCUGGGCUAUGUAGCUAAUGACGUCGAGACUGAACAAAUCGUGUCGGAGGCGACCACAACCUCGUUCCACGCCGCGGGUCCACAUCUUUACGCCAACCCGCAAUACACCUCGUACGUCCAGCACCGCGGGAGUAUUCCCCUCUACUGGACGCAAGAAAGCUCGGGGGUCUCACCAAAACCAGACAUCGAGCUGAAUCUCGUGGAUCCUUUCUACUCCGCAGCCGCUUUGCACUUUGACAAUCUGUUUGAGAGAUAUGGUGCCCCGGUCUAUGUUUUGAACCUCAUAAAAUCACGGGAGCGAACGCCUCGCGAGUCCAAACUACUCAAGGAAUUCACGAAUGCGAUCACCUAUCUCAACCAGUUUCUCCCGGACGACAAGAAGAUCAUCUACCAGCCCUGGGAUAUGAGUCGUGCUGCCAAGAGCCGUGACCAGGAUGUCAUUGGGGUUUUGGAACAUAUCGCGGGCGAAAUCAUACCCAAGACAGGAUUCUUCCAGAAUGGAUACGAUGCCGAAUCAGGAUUGAGGCUUCAGAACGGGAUAGCGAGAACGAACUGUAUAGACUGCCUAGACCGCACGAAUGCCGCCCAAUUUGUGGUGGGUAAAAACGCGCUGGGGCACCAGCUCCACGCACUAGGCAUCAUCGAAGGGACAACGGUCGAAUAUGACACGGAUGCUGUCAAUCUCUUCACCGACAUGUGGCAUGACCACGGCGACACGAUUGCCAUCCAAUACGGUGGCUCUCACCUGGUCAACACGAUGGCCACCUACCGCAAGAUCAACCAGUGGAGCAGCCACUCGCGUGACAUGGUAGAGAGCUUCAAGCGGUACUACAACAACUCGUUCCUGGACGCCCAGCGCCAAGAGGCAUACAACCUGUUCCUGGGCAAUUACGUCUUCUGUCAAGGCCAGCCCAUGCUGUGGGACCUAUCAACAGACUACUACCUGCACCACUCGGACCCCCGCUCCUGGUCGACCAUGAAACGGCCAAACUAUAUCCGCUGGUAUACGCCCGCUCAUCUCGAGGAACGGGAACUGCCACCUCCGCCGCGGAUCCCCGCGGAUCCCCUCUCCCGCUACGACGACUACUGGCUUGAAUACUACCGCCCACUGGCAGUCUCCUCGUUCUCGAAAGUCUUCUCCUACAAGAUGAAGUCCUCCCCUCAAUACCUCCCCCUCCGACCCACACCAGGCACGCAAAACGAGCUCAGCCCCUUCGUCGUCCGCAUCCCCCACGAACAGCAAGCAAACCAAGACAGACACCAUCCCCACCCCCCUAGGAUGGUCAAAAUCCAAGAACCCGACCCCACCGCCAGCUGGUCCAAGAACCCGCCCCCAACAGACAAACAGCGCCCCGCCAACGGGAUCAUGAAACCCACCACCACCACCACAUCCACCACCCACUCCAUGGGCGCCGCAUCCUCCUUUAACACCAACACCAACAACAACAACAAUAACCUCAGACCCACCAUAGACUCCACCACAACCACAACAACAACAACCCCCAGCAAAGCCCAGUUCGCCCAGUGGACGCUAAACCACCUCGUAACAGAUUCCCUCAACCCCUCCGUCACGCACACCGAAGCCGAAGAAUACGAGCGCUACAUCAACCACCCACUGCGCGUCCCCCUCGUCGUAUCCUCCGAGGACGAACUCACCGCGACGUCCAUCCGCGAGAACGCCACGAACCUCGACCUCCUCGAGUACGCUAACAAGUGUAAUGUCGAGGAGGGCGCGCUGGAAGCCAACGCCGAGGAGAAUCUCGCUGAUUAUGGCGAGUUUCUCAAUGUCUCUGACGGGGGGUUGACUGUUGUUGCGGAGGAUUAUGAGAAGAAGAGGUAUAAGCGGUAUAGGCAGUGGUUGCGGGGGAAGAGCUUGUUUAAGCAGCGGGUUGAUGUGUAAAUUUUAUUUGGUGGUGGUUUUUGUAUAUCUACAUGUUUUGGUUUUAUACUUACGAUUUAAUGACCUUUUCAAUGAACGAUACCCAUGACAGACUUGAUAAA